AUGUCGGCGCCGAACGACGGCUACGGCCAACACCCCUCUCAGGAACAGUCCUACGCCCACCAGCCUCAAGACGGCUAUGACGCACAGGGAGCCCAAGCUCCCCAGCCGGCUGUCGCCGACCACGGCAAGAAGAAGAAAAGAGGCUAUGCCACCCAAGCCUACGAGUUUGGAGCUGGUGCGAACACGGCAGCCGGCGCGCCUCCCCAAGCGCAAGCUGCCCCGUAUGGCAUGCCGCAACCUCAGGCCCCGGCAUAUGGAGGCUAUCCCCAGCCAGAUGUCCAGCCCGCUGCCGCAACUUAUGGCUCGCCUCAGUCGCAGCAAUUUGGCAUGCCGCAACCUGCUGCCGCCCCGGCCGCAGGAUACGGUGGCUAUCAGCCACCCGAUGCCGGGUACCCUGCCCCCGGCGGCACUCCUGCUGCCCCCGGAGUCGCUGGCCUCAACCAGCAGAUGGCCGGCAUGAACCUCGGCGGUAACCCUCAGCAGCCAUCCCCCGGCCAGCCGGCAGGUACUCGUGUGACCCUCAACCAGCUUUACCCUACCGACUUGAUGAACCAGCCGUUCAAUGUCUCUGAGCUAGAUCUUCCUCCACCCCCCAUUGUCUUGCCUCCUAAUACCAGCGUUACUCCCUCUCCCGAUGCGAACUGUGGUCCCAAAUACGUGCGCUCUACGCUCAACGCUGUGCCGACAACACACUCUCUUUUGAAAAAGUCGAGGUUACCCUUUGCGCUUGUCAUUCAGCCCUAUGGCGCUCUUCAUGACAGCGAAGACCCGGUCCCCGUUGUGCAGGACCAAGUUAUCGCGCGUUGCAGACGAUGCAGAACAUACAUCAACCCCUUCGUCACUUUCCUCGACCAUGGCCACCGCUGGCGAUGCAACAUGUGCAACCUAACGAACGACGUGCCUCAAGCUUUUGACUGGGACGCUGCCUCUCAAAGGAGCACCGAUCGAUGGGGACGUUACGAGCUCAACUACUCCGUCGUUGAAUACGUUGCGCCCCAGGAGUACAUGGUCCGCCCGCCCCAGCCACUCGUGUAUCUGUUCCUCUUUGACGUCAGCUAUGCCGCUGUCUCCACCGGUCUCCUCGCUACCAGCGCCAGAACCAUCCUUGACAGUCUCGACAGAAUACCUAACGCUGAUCGCCGCACGCGUCUUGGGUUCAUCGCUGUGGAUUCUAGUCUGCACUACUUCUCGGUCCCCAAGGACGGCGAGGAAAAUGCUGAAACCAGCAUGCUGGUCGUCAGCGAUCUUGACGAGCCGUUCCUGCCUGUUCCCCAAGACUUGUUGGUGCCCCUGACGGAAAGCCGACAGAGCAUCGAGGGUUUUUUGACCAAGUUGCCCGAGAUGUAUCAAAGCAACCAGAAUAAUGGCUCGGCGAUGGGCUCUGCCCUUAGAGCUGGUCACAAGCUUAUUUCGGCGCUCGGCGGAAAGAUUGUUGUGCUGAGCGCUUCCCUGCCCAACGUUGGUGUUGGCAAGCUGGACAUGCGAGAGGACAAGAAGCUACUGGGCACAAGCAAGGAGAGCAGUCUACUGCAGACUGCUAACAGCUUCUACAAGAGCUUCGCCGUCGAAUGCUCCAAGAACCAGGUCUCGAUCGACAUGUUUCUGUUUUCCUCGCAGUACCAGGAUGUCGCGUCUCUGAGUAACCUGCCGAGAUACACCGGAGGUCAGACUUGGUUCUAUCCCGGCUGGAACGCCGGCCGCCCGGAGGAUGCUAUUAAGUUUGCUUCCGAAUUCAGUGACCACUUAUCAUCGGAAAUUGGUCUGGAGGCGGUGCUUCGUGUUCGUGCCACCACCGGUUUGCGCAUGAACGCCUUCUACGGCAACUUCUUCAAUAGAAGCUCGGAUCUUUGCGCUUUCCCCGCCUUCCCCCGCGACCAGUGUUACGUCGUCGAGGUUGCCAUUGACGAGAACCUCACUAAGAACGUUGUGUGCUUGCAGACGGCGGUUCUUCAUACCACUUGCAAUGGAGAGCGCCGCAUCCGCGUCAUGACGCUCGCUCUGCCUACCACCACAAAUCUUGCCGACAUCUACGCCUCGGCAGAUCAACAGGCAAUCACCACAUACUUCAGUCACAAGGCGGUGGAGCGCGCCUUGAGUGGCGGCUUGGAAGCUGCCCGCGACUCUCUCCAGAACAAGCUGAUCGAGCUUUUGCAGACUUUCAGAAAGGAACUUGCAGGUGGCAGCAUGGGCGGUGGUUUGCAGUUUCCCUCCAACCUCCGUGGUCUCCCUAUCCUCUUCCUCGGCCUAAUGAAAAACGUUGGCCUGCGCAAGUCGGCACAGAUCCCAUCAGACCUGCGGUCUGCUGCUCUCUGUCUGUUGUCAACGCUUCCCGUCCCCCUCCUGAUGCAGUACAUCUACCCGCGUCUCUACUCACUGCACGACAUGCCGGACAACGCAGGCGUGCCCGAUCAGGAGACGAGCCAGAUUGUGCUCCCGCCACCAUUGAACCUCUCCUCUGAACGUUUUGUUCCCUACGGCUUGUAUCUCAUUGACGACGGUCAGACCCAGUUCUUGUGGGCCGGUCGUGAUGCAGUGCCGCAAUUGCUAGCUGACGUGUUUGGAGUCGAUGACAAGACCCAGUUGCGGGUUGGCAAGGGUGCGCUGCCGGAAUUGGAGAACGACUUCAAUGAGCGGGUACGGGCGGUCGUCCAUAAAAGUCGAGACCACCGUUCCAAGGGAGUCGGCAGCAUCGUCCUGCCGCAUCUUUACAUUGUCCGAGAAGACGGGGAGCCGAGCCUUAAAUUGUGGGCGCAGACGCUGCUGGUCGAGGACCGGGCGGAUCAGGGUAUGAGCGCCGCGCAAUGGCUUGGAAUCCUUCGGGAAAAGGUAAGUCCCCUUGGCGGUUAG